UCGACUCAAACUCUAGUCUAGGGCUCGGUCUCGUGUCGUCCCCAAACCCAAGCCUAUCUCUCCCUCUCUGUUGCACCGCAUGCAAUUGCAUCGCACUGGGGGUUCCCCCGCGAGACAUGGACGAGAUCAGAGCAGCCGAUCGCAUCAGCCUUCUCCCGGACGAUCUGCUCCACCUGGUCCUCCAGCGCCUCCGCUGUGCACACGCCGCCGCGCGCACCAGCAUCCUCUCCCGCCGGUGGCGCCAAGUCUACUCCGGCCUCCCCGAGAUCGACGUCACCCUCCACGAUGUCCCGCUCCGCUCGCUCGAGGCCACGCUCCGCCACGCCGCCGGGCCCAGGGUGCGCCUCCUCGACAGCCGCGUCCCUGUCAGGCCGCGGUUCGUCGCCGCCUCCAUGGUCUCCUCGGUGCUCCGCGCCGCCGCGGUGCUCGCGCCGGCGGAGAUCCGCUUCACCCUCGCGCAGUAUGUGGACUGGACGCCCGGCCCUUCCGUGGUAGAGCUGCCCCGCUUCCUCCGCGCCACCUCGAUCAAACUGCAUGGGCUGUUGCUGGACCUCCGCUUAGCCGACUCCACAGGGUUCCCUUUGCUGGAGAGACUGGCCGUCUCCGGCUGCAACCUUGAUCCCCUCCUGCCCGCACCUGCACGUGCUCACCGUGGACGACUUCACCGUCCAAUCGACAUCGAUGCAGAAGCUCCUCGUGAAGCGCAUGAAGGCAUGGAGAGACCGGGGGCGCCGUUUAGACGCAGGCAUGCUUAAGCAGUUGACGACACGGUCCCUGGAUGACGGCGGCGAGGUUAGCAGCACCAUCUUGGCGCCAAUGGUGGAGAGGGUCUUGUGCAGGUGCUCGUAUCCAAAGGUGGAUCAUGGUCUUGGUCUUUGGGGCCUCUUAGACGUAAGCUUAGAGUCGCCGUCCCCGGAGAGACACGGAGAGGAGGUGCUGGCUCGCGUCGAGGUCUUGUCGCUACACAUCUGUGCCCAGGGUUCAUUUAGUUUUUGAGAAACAGGUUUCCGCUUUGCAGCAGAGAUAGAUAAACAUUUGGUCACCCACUUCUCUACUUUGAACCUACAUCUCACAACAAGAGGGCAUGUGUUUGGAGCAUUCGUUAUUUUCUGUGGUAUUAUGCAGGAUGAAGAUUUCUGAAAUGAGGAAAAAGGGUAUUUUUGGCAUUGGGUUCAUUGACCCAAAUACCGUUAACGAAGAAACAUGGGACAUGAAUGAUAUCCAAAAACAAGGGGUAGAGGAUGAAUUGCUAGCAUUCUUAAAGCACCUAAACGUAAAUGACGAUAUAC